AUGGCCUGGCCACGCUUCGCCCUUGCGCUGUGGGCCUGCGCCGUCGCGCUGGUCGCCGCCGAUGUGCCCACGACGACACCGGGCUUUGUCUACAAGGGCGGCCUCGCGACGGCGCCCGUCCAGCUCGAGAUCUUCAUCGACCUCCUCUGCCCGUACUCCAAGGCCGCGUAUCCGGCCAUGAAGAAGCUCGAGGCGGCGUUCAAGGGCUCGGACCUGCGCAUCACGUUCCAGGUCCUGCCACUGCCCUUCCACAAGCACGCGUUCACGGUCGCGCAGUCGGCGGCGACGCUGACGCAUGUGCUCGGUAUCCAGACGUUUCCGCCGUGGCUAGAGACAAUCUACGCGAACCAAGACCGCCUCUACAACGCGCCCACGAAGGACAUGACCGCGGUUCAAGUCGUCGAUCUGCUCUUUGACUGGGCGAGCACCGCCUUUCCCAAGCUAACGAAAGAAGCGUGGUCGGCGCAGAUGACGGGCCAUGGCGGCAGUGACAUGGACGAGAAGACGCGUCAGCUCUUCCGCUACUCGCUGGCCCACGGCAUUAGCGGCACGCCCAUGUUUUACCUCAACGGCGUGCACUACGACGCUGCCGAUAGCUCGUGGAGCUUUGAGCAGUGGCGCAAGACGAUCCAGGCGCUUGUCGACGCCAACACGCCGGCGACCCAGCACGACGUCGACACAUCGGCUGCGAUGCUCAUGGCGUCGUCGCGCCGACUGCCCUCUCGCCGCGUCUAUCACGGCGACGUGACGGACGGGAUCUGCGACGGCGCCGGCCACGCCUGUGAGUUCUUUCACCAGCAGACCAUGUGCUGCUCGGCCGACGAAGUGUGCAUCGUCCAGCACGGCUGCAAGGCCUUUGCGUAA